AUGGCAGCCGACGACCAAGCCGCCAGCGAAAGCCCCGCGAACCCUGAACUCGACAUCAAGAAGCUACACGCCCUCCCCUCUGAACAGCAGGACCUGUACCUGCUCACCUUCAGCUCCGAUCUCGCGCGCCAUGUGGCGUCUCUCGACGGCGAUGGCGCUUCGGCGCAUCAGAUAUACAUCAAGAAGGAGAUAUUCCAAAUCGUCAACCUCGCAUCCCCCGCACCCACACGGGUAAUCCGAAACAACCUGGGGCGAGCGAUAGCUGGCAUAUUCGAAAAGGGGGACAGGAAGCUGCUCUUUGAAUCCAUCAAUGAUUCGGUCAACAUACUAAAUGCGGCUGGCAAGACCGAAAAGGACAUCAGGACAAAGCACGCGGCUGCGCAUUGCUUGGGCUCCAUCUUCGAGGCGGCUGGGGAUAGCGCCAUAGGGCUGUCACCAUUGGCAGUAAAGACACUGCUAGGGCUCGUCAAGUUUGCACAAAACCAUAGCGGUCUCCGCGCAGCGCUGUUCAAAGCCGUGGGAAAGGUGUUCAAAGGGAUCCACUCACAUGCCGAUGAGCUGAUUGCAAGAGACGCGUGGAAACAGGCUCGCAAUGCUGCCGGCGAUAAGUCAUACAUUGUGCAGACGGCCGUCUGCUACUGUCUGGAGCAGUUGAUUCGAUACACGCCAUUUUUCGACAACUCUGCCGACUUUGACAAACUGCAGAACGUGGUUUGGAAGGCCAUAGAUAGUCCCUCAUCGUCUGUGAGACAUGCAGUGGCGUCAUGUAUCAGCGCCGCGCUUGUGAAAAACUACUCCGAAAAUGCGCCGGUCGAUCUCCCAGUUCUCACACGAUCAAAGACAGCCAAGAGGAAGAGCAAGAAGAUAGGAGAUGAAGAUGGCGACGAUAUGGUUAUGGAGCGCCCCGACUCGCCUGCGCCCAAAAAGUCGGCAACGCAACUCUCUUUCACCAUUGAAAGUCUGCUGAAGCUGCUCGCGACGCAGUAUUGUCGACCGCAGACUGGCAACCGCGCAAAGGCGGGAAUCGCCGUAUGCUAUAUCAAAACCAUCAAGGGCCUGGGGGAGCAGAUCAUCGAGAGCAAAUACGCAGCCGUUGCGCGAAGCUUGUUUGUCGACGUCCUCAGCAGCAAUGUCAUUGUGCAGAACCGCUACCGCACGCUCAGUACGAGAAAGUUUGUCGCAGUCAUCAUGGAAAACGUCAUUGGUCGUGACUUGCUUGGUGAAUCGGGACAGCUGAACGCUGCGAGGUUCUUGGUCAAUGACAUUCUCAAAGACUACCCGCAGGUGCUGAAGGAGCGACCAGAACCUACGAAGCAGACCCUGAUCGGUGCUCUGAGCACGCUAUCUUCUCUGUUCAACAGCCUUGGGUCAGCCACCAAUGCAAUUGCAGACUCUUGCAGAGACGCUCUGGUCCAGGUCUUGCAACAUCCAAGCUAUACAGUGCAAGUGACGGCUUCUGCUUGUCUGCGCUCUUUUGUUCUCGCUUGUCCUCUACAGCUGCUUCCUGCUGUUACUAUAUGCAUGAAUAGUGUCAACAGAGAACUUGGUCUUCUCGCUGGGCCGCGUCAGUCGCCAAGGAAGUGUGUUGGUCUUGCGAAUGGUCUCUCCGCUGCACUGAGUACAUCCACGUCACAACCAUUACACGGUUCCGUAGACGUGAACUCGAGAGUACUCUCACAGGCCACAUCACUGCUGAAGUCAGCUAGCAAUUCCGAUCUCAGAAUUGGAUCUACGCAGAUACAAGUCGCCUGGAUCUUGAUCGGAGGGCUGAUGACCUUGGGCCCGAACUUUGUCAAGAUCCAUCUUUCGCAGUUACUGCUACUGUGGAAAAAUGCACUGCCUAAACCACUGAACCGAGAUAACAUGAUUCAAAGAAACUAUUUGGAGCUUUGCUUCCUGACACACGUCCGAGAAUGUGCACUAGGGUCAAUCCUGACCUUCCUGGAGUUCAACAGCCGGAUCUUGACGCUGGACGUAACCAAGAGGCUGGCGGCGAUGCUCCAGAACACGACGUUGUUUUUGAACACGUUGCCAGCGAAGAAAACGACUGACGACAUGUCACAACGGUUGUCGCCUGCACUGCAACUCCAUGACUUUGAUCUGAUGGUCCGGAGGAGAGUGCUUCAAUGUUACACCAAGCUCGUCGAGCUUAGUCCAGCAAGCAGUACAGACGUUCUACUGCAGACCAAUCUGCUGCCCUUUGCUAUUGCAUCCUUUGCCGAGCCUGACAACUACACAACGAGCUCAUUCAGCACCGCCAUUGCCAGUGCUGCAGGGACUUUUGAAAGCAUCUGGGAAGUAGCUGACAAUCACGGAUUCGGUGUUACUGGACUGGUACGCGGCUUUGACAUUACACCACUUCCAGGCGAGCAAGACACUGGUACCCGCCACCACUGGCUCACCCGACAUGGCCCUGAAGCCAUCAUUGACCAGACACUCCUUUCGCCAAUCUGCGGUGCUCGUGAGCAUGAUUCGAUUUCUUUGUACAUAAGGGCACCAGACGACACCCAUGAGCUGCCAGACCCUCCAGCUACUGAGGUGGUCAACGCAGCACUCCAACUGUUUGCGAUUUGUCUUCCUCUACAGACUGCCAAGAUUCAAGAAAGUAUAUUGGAACAGAUGACAUCUUUCCUGUCUGCAAGCAGUCUGCAGCGCGACUUUAACAGAAAAACUGCUAUGAUGGUCAACAUUGCAUAUGCGGUUUUGUCUGCACUCAAAGUGGCGGUAAAGGAGACACGUUCGGCUCCGGGUAGCCUGAAAGGAGCAGCAGUUGAGAAGGUCAUGCAGGAUCUAUUGCAUCUGUUCAUCAUUCUCCCCGAUCCCUUCAUCCGCAACCUUGCCGGAGAGGCUCUAGGUCGACUGUGUAAUAGUUCUGGAAACGCGCUCACGACUGCCGAAGUCAAUUAUCUGGUUGACCAAAUCGUUGCUAACCGCGAACCGAACGCUCGUUCUGGUUACGCUGUUGCCCUUGGCUGCAUACAUUCUCAACUUGGCGGUAUGGCGGCUGGCUUCCACCUGAACAAUAUUCUCGGAAUAUUGAUGUCACUCGGCAACGAUCCGCACCCUGUUGUGCAUUUCUGGGCCAUUGACAGUUUGUCGCGAGUCGCCGACUCCGCUGGUCUUUCGUUUUCGAGCUAUGUCACAAGUACACUCGGUAUGCUAGCGCAGUUGUAUGCCGCAGAUACGCACAAUGAGGAAUCGGCAUCCCUCGCAUCCUCGAACAUUGAGAUCGACAUUCCGACACCUGCAGUCAUUGCGAGAUGUGUUGAUAGUACAAUCAACGUUUUGGGUCCAGAUCUACAAGAUGUCGCAAAAGCAAGAGACCUGAUCAUGACUCUUGUUGGGCUUUUCCAGGGCGACGCUGAUGAGCUUAUCGUCAUUGAGAGCUUGCGCUGCCAGGAACACGUCUCUCUAUAUGCUCCGGGUCAUAUGGAUUUUUCGACCUAUGUUAAGAAUCUGCAACGCUCUGUGGAAAGUAGCUCAGCACAAAUACGCGAUAUGGCUAUUGACGGCCUGCACAACAUCAUGAGGCGCAACACGGAAGAAGUUAUACGCGCUGCUGAGCCGGGUCUAGAAGACCAGCUGUGGCACGUUCUUGACCGAGAUCCAGAUCAUGAAGUGGUGCAAAACAUAAUCCGCAAUUGGCUACAUCAGACGGGAUUAUCGGACACGGCGACGUGGGUGCAGCGAUGCCACUCGGUUCUAACCAAGACGAAGAAGGUUGAGAUUCCGGAAAAAAUCGAACAGAAACCAAAAGCUGGUGCAGCAGACCUGCAGGAUGAAGAGGUUGCGGGCUUUGCAUCUGCAUCAAAUGCUCCAGGAGCUGAGGCUGGAGAUGGCGCUCAAGUGAGCCAGGAGCUGCUCAAGUGGCAAGUCCGAACAUUCGGUAUGGAUUGCUUGAGCGAGCUUGUUGCAAUGGUUAGCAAGGAAGCUGCUUUCCGAGAGGAAGCGCCCUGUGUUUUGGCAUUGCAGCAACGCGUAGCUGAUGUUGUGCGCAUCGCCUUUUCUGCGUCCACCGCUGGCGUUGUGCAAUUGCGGAUACGCGGUCUUAAGAUUAUCGAUCAAGUCCUCAAGCUGUUCGGUAAAACGCCUGACCCGGAUUUCGCUGAAGUUACCCUACUCGAACAAUACCAGGCUCAGAUCGGUUCUGCACUUACGCCGGCCUUUGCAGCAGACUCAUCACCAGAACUUGCAGCCGAAGCUGUGAACGUCUGUGCUACCUUUAUUGCGACGGGUAUCGUGACAGACGUAGACCGCAUGGGGCGUAUUCUCAAGCUACUCGUCUCAGCGCUUGAGAACUUUUCUAGCGAAUCCGAAACUGCGUCAAUAGGUGACCUUAAAGGGCUAAGCUCCAACGCCCAAGUCAUGGUGAAGAUGGCAGUUUUCUCAGCUUGGGCCGAACUGCAAAUUGCUAGUGCCGAGCAGACGUACCUUGUAGAUGUGCUGAAGCCGCAUAUUGCUAAGCUGACCCCUCUUUGGUUGGCAUCGCUGCGGGAAUAUGCUCGCCUCAGAUUUGAGCCCGAUAUCUCUUCUUCCAUGGGUUCUGCAUCGCUCUCUGGUAGUCUGGACACCAUCUACGCGGCACUCAACCGUGAGACGCUGUUGAAAUUCUACCAGGAUGCUUGGCUUAAUCUUGUUGAUGCGAUUGCUAGUCUUAUCGACGAAGACAGCGAGUUUGUCUUUGACGCGCUUGAUGGCAAAACCGAGCUGUCUGAUCCGGCUCCCACUGAGAGGACCGAUCAUAUUAACUAUCGCGAUGAGCCUGUCGCUUUCUUCUUUGUUCUCUUCGGUCUCGCAUUCGAGGCUCUCGCAGGUCGCCCGGGCGAUCUACAAGCAUCCAAGGAGCAGAUUUUAGAGAUACUACAGGCUUUGAAGAAGAUCCUGCGACCUUCGGUAUCUGGGCACGCUAUCUAUCAAGAGGUCGUAUUCUCAGAAACGAUGGACAUGCUUGAUCGAUUGGUACUUACUGAAGGUUUGACUAUACAAAUGGUCAUUGUACAGAUUACGCGAAAUCUCUGCCUUGGCCAUCCUUCUGCAAGGAGAGAUCAGGGAACCACGUCCGCAGACGAACAUCUCUCUGAAGAUAUCGACCAGCUAUUUGAACUGACCAAGAUCAUGGUGCUAGUACUAUCAGGCCUGGUACCUGGGCUGGAAGACAGCAAAGCUAAGGCUCGCCAUGAGAUGAAUGAAGAGGCUGUUGCUCUACUCACAACAGCAUUGUCCGCUCUCGUGGAUGCGGCACAAGUCUUCCCAUCCAUCAUCAAAGCCGACCUUCAUGCUUGCAUUCUUCACAUCUUUGCAACUAUAGUCGCAACUGGAGAAUGCCAGGCAACCGUCAUCCCUCAAGCGCUGCCAAUCUUCAAACGCUUCAUCACCAGCCUUGCACCAGAUGCUGAAGCAACAGACGAAACCAGCAAGCAACUACGUGCAACACUGGCGCGCUUCCUUGCCAUUCUCAAGCACGCCCAGAAGCGGGAUUUCGAUGCUGCUCUCGCGUGCGAGAAGAACACCAUUCUCACAACUACCAUUUUGUUAAGUUCUGUGCCGUCUGCCUUCUCACCUGAUGAUCCGCUUGUCAAACGAUUCGUUGAUGAUCUUUUCGACUGUCUCGAUACGCGGACGACAAGCAAAGUUGCAGCAGGAUGUUGUCGCUCGCUUCUGCUACUGCCCAAGAAGAGCGCUUUGGAAACAAGUCUUGCCAAACUUCUUCUGCCUCCCACACUCUCUUUCCUUGCCAGGCCUUCUGAGGUGGAAGGCCUUGAAGAGUCACGCACAACACUCGCACAGACUCUUGUCAGCUUCAUCUCAACUCUUCAGGAACCAGCACAGCGACAAGUUGCAAGCAAGAUUAUUGUUCCAGCCUUGCUAGCACGCGCACAGGCCGAACCCAGUGCAACCCAAGAAACAGCUGCAAGGUUGCUCGAGCUGGCUGGAGCCGACCAGCAGGCUUUCAGAAGUGUAGUAACUGGGCUGACUCCCGAGCAAAAGUCCUUUAUGGAAGGUGUGCUAAAGAGUGGACAAGGAUCCAGACGGCAGGAGACGAGCAGGGAAGACGACGGAAUGCCCAAGAUUGCUCUCAAGAUGGACUUUGGCUCGUAGGCUGUGGUUUGAUUGUCCCCAAAACAGGGUGUGGAUUGGGAAUUUCGGGAAUGAAAUGGACAAAUCAAUGGGUAUGAGUUGAUGACAAUGGCAGGGCUUAAGUGUAUGCAUGUUUGAUGACUAGAAGGGUUGUUUGAUACCAGAUAGGAAAUUUUAUUCUAAC